AUGCAGGAGAGUUAUUGGGAUGGAUGGUUUUUUUCUCAAAAAGAACAUGGUGGGCAGUUGUUAACUGCAGUUGGGAUUGAUGGCAAUAACGAAAUGUAUCCAGUUGCCUAUGAAAUGGUAGAGACUGAGUAUGGAGAAAUUUGGAGUUGGGAAGCUUGUGAAAAAUGGAAUGAAGAAAUUGGGCCUAGAAUUCAAAAGAUAUUAAGCAAGAAUGGCGACCUUGCAAGGAGAGAGUAUACAGAUUACUCCAGCAAUGGAAAGUUCCAAGUCAGGAAUAACAUUGGAACCCUUAAUGCAGUAAAUAUCAAAGCAAAAAACUUGUUCUUGUCGAGCUUAGUAGUUGACUGGGAUCCCUUGUUGCCAUCUGAUUACAUCCUUAAUCUCAAGGAGAAUGAAGGUCUUGAUCCCUUGAAUCCACCUUUAUACACCAAAAAGGCCAAGAGACGAAAGAAAGCUAGACGAAAGGAAGAUAGUAAAGGUAUGGGUUCAUCAAGUAAUGAGAAGGCAUCUUCAAAUGCAAGUAGGAUGGGGUUGAAGAUAAAGUGCAAAAAGUGUGGACAAAUAGGCCACAACAAGAGAACCUGCAACACUUUGCCACAACCAAAUGGUACCUGGGGUGUGGUUUGA